CAUCAUUUUUCUAAAAUGGCAAUGGUCUUACGUCCACUUGUCGUCAUCAUCUGAAAAUGGCGGAAAGUGAGUUGAACGUAGAUAGUAUUAUUUCAAGGUUAUUGGAAGUGAGGGGUUGCAGGCCUGGGAAAACUGUUCAACUCACUGAAGCUGAAGUCCGUGGUCUCUGUCUGAAAUCCAGAGAAAUAUUUCUCAGCCAGCCCAUACUUCUGGAACUUGAAGCACCUCUAAAGAUUUGUGGUGAUAUUCAUGGACAAUACACAGAUCUCUUGCGACUUUUUGAAUAUGGUGGGUUUCCUCCAGAAGCAAAUUAUCUAUUUUUAGGUGACUAUGUGGACAGAGGAAAACAAUCUCUUGAAACCAUAUGCUUACUUUUAGCAUAUAAAAUUAAAUAUCCUGAAAACUUUUUUCUCCUUCGUGGAAAUCAUGAAUGUGCUAGCAUCAAUAGAAUAUAUGGCUUCUAUGAUGAAUGUAAGAGGCGUUACAACAUAAAGCUAUGGAAAACAUUUACAGAUUGUUUUAAUUGCUUGCCAAUUGCUGCUAUAAUUGAUGAAAAAAUAUUCUGUUGCCAUGGAGGCCUGUCGCCAGAUUUGCAAUCUAUGGAACAAAUUAGGCGAAUUAUGAGACCUACGGAUGUUCCUGAUACAGGGUUGCUUUGUGAUUUGCUGUGGUCUGAUCCUGACAAAGAUGUUCAAGGUUGGGGAGAAAAUGAUCGUGGUGUGUCAUUUACUUUUGGUGCAGAUGUAGUUAGCAAGUUUCUUAAUCGUCAUGAUUUAGAUCUGAUAUGCAGAGCUCACCAGGUAGUGGAGGAUGGUUAUGAAUUCUUUGCAAAACGACAGUUGGUUACACUGUUUUCUGCACCCAAUUAUUGUGGAGAAUUUGACAAUGCCGGUGGUAUGAUGUCUGUUGAUGAGACACUAAUGUGCUCUUUUCAGAUUUUGAAGCCCUCUGAGAAAAAGGCCAAAUACCAGUAUGGAGGGCUCAAUUCGGGACGACCAGUCACACCUCCCCGUGGGCCUGUCAAAAAGAAGUAGUAUAUUCUGAUGUACAUUCAACUCCUCCCCUACCGCUUCCGAUAACUUUAAUUUGUGAAAUUUUUCUUUUAAAGCUCUUAAUGCUUUGUGUUUUAUCUCACCGAUUCCUUCAUUUUUGUAAAGCAUAUCUGUUUGUAUGAAAGAAAAUAAGGGUUAUUUGCACAGACUUACUUUAGGAUGUGUAUCUGCUUUUGUCUUUUCAUGUUAAUAUGUCAGUCUUGGUAGCAGAACUUAAUUUAGUUGCAAAAUGACAUCUUUGCCUUUUCAUGUACCUAGUAAAUUUUAUCCAUAUAAAUGCAGUCUUAAUUGUAUUUGUUUCUAUUUUAAUUAAUUCUAUUAAUGCAUAUACAGGUUAGAAAUCAGUUUUUAGUAAAACAGUUUUAUUUAGCAUUAUCUUUUGAAUAAUUUUAUGUAAAGCAAGGAUAUUUUAUUCAUGAGCUUUAAUGUAACCAUGAUCCGGGGUCAAAAGAUAAAAAAGUUUUCAUCUAUAUUCUAAAAUAAAGUAUUAAAAGUAACCCUUUUUCUUUUAUGUAUUGUGAAAUUUUUGCUGUAGUAGUGUGCUUACGUUUGAGGUUGUUCAUCAUUGUGUAAAUUUUUUCAUAUGUAAUAAUUUGUUCAUCAAUGGCCAUUUGUUUUCUGUUUGUAUAUUUUUUAUUUCAUGAUUGUAUAACUGAUAUGAAUAUCAUGAACAUCAUUGUGUAAAAAAAUUACAAGAUAUAUUAUACUUUGGAAGCUGAUAGAAUUUAAAAAGAUUUAACUUUUCGUGAAAAACUGUACCUCUCUGCAGAGGAUUCCGGCCAUGUAUAUUAUGUAAAGGCUGAUUGUUUUUGAGUUUUUAUCAGUUUCAUUAAAACAGACAGUAUCAUAGGGUAUUUAAAUAAGAAGUUUGUGUUUUUGCGAAUGGAUUUUUACCUGAAGCCCUUUGCCAUAUUUUCUCACAUUUGAAAGGGAAUUAAAUAUUUUUUUUUUUCUUUCGAAAUAUUCUAGAUUUGUCUUUGCCUUGAUGUUCAUUAAUGUAGAAACAGGAAAUAAUAAAAUUUAUGUAGAAAUGUUGUGUUCUGAACCUGUAUUUCAUUAAACAAGUAUAGUUUUAUUA